AAAAUGGUCAAAAUCAAUUCAUCUUCUUCGUGAUGAUCGAAAUCACCAACCAGUGACCUAACAAUGGCCGUUCCUCCAUUAUUCUUCCUCCUCACACUCCUCUCUCUCCCUUCUCUUCUUAUCUCCGCCGCUGCCUCCGAUGCCUAUCCUUCUAUUCCCGGAACCGCUCCUAUCGACGGAGGUUUCACCGAUGAACUUAAACCCAUCCGCCGUGAAGUCUACGGCGAAGGCAAAAUCUACGACAUCAGUCACCGUUACACUCCGGAGAUGCCGUCGUGGGAUUCAUCGGAAGGAAUCGGACGGUUUCUAUGGUUAGCUGCGAGUAUGAAGAAUGGAUCUCUCGCUAAUAACUCUGAAAUGAAGAUCCCUACGCACACUGGUACUCAUGUUGAUUCACCUGGUCACGUCUAUGACAAGUAUUACGAUGCUGGAUUUGAUGUUGACUCGCUUGAUCUUCAAGUCCUCAAUGGUCUUGCGUUUUUGGUUGAUGUUCCAAAGGAUAAGAACAUUACUGCUGAAGUGAUGAAAUCUCUUCACAUUCCAAAAGGAGUUAGUCGUGUGCUUUUCAGAACAUUGAACACUGACAGGCGUCUUAUGUUCAAGAAAGAGUUUGAUACAAGCUAUGUCGGAUUCAUGAAGGAUGGUGCGCAAUGGUUGGUAGACAACACAGACAUCAAACUUGUUGGGAUUGAUUAUCUAUCAGUAGCUGCAUAUGAUGAUCUUAUUCCGUCCCACCUAGUAUUCCUGAAAGACCGGGAGACUAUACUUGUGGAGGGACUGAAGCUGGAUGGUGUGAAGGCAGGACUCUACUCUGUCCAUUGCUUACCUCUACGACUGGUUGGAGCAGAAGGAUCUCCAAUUCGUUGCAUCCUCAUCGAUUGAUUCUCUCCUCACAAACCCGCCAAAUCCGGAAUUUUCUGUAAUCAAAAGCUUGCUUAGCUUAUGAACUGACUAUCAGUUUGUGCUAGAUUUAUGCAACCAAUAUGGAGAUUGAAGUAUGAAGUAAUAAGAGAGGUGCAGAGAAGACGAAGUUGAGGAGAAUGAAGCACCGAGGAAAAAAGAUUUCUCAUUUCAAUGUAUAUGUCAAUAAAUUAAUUAAAAAUUC